AUGAGCGGACCGCCAGUGCAGGUGAUGAAGGCAAAGGAACGCAGCGAGGACGGCGAGGAGAUGAUCAAGGAGGUCAGAGAGGUCGAGGAAGGGGGCAAGGUAGGCGGCGGAGGGGAGGUGGCGGAGGAGGUGGUGAAGGAAGUGGUGGCUGAAAAGGAGAGAGGAAGCGGCGUCGAACGCAAAGACGAAGUCAAGAAGGAUGAGGUGGAGGAGGAGGAGGAGGAGGAGGAGGAGGUCGAGGGAAUAGCCGAGAGGGAAGACAGCAUACAGUUGUACCCGGGGUCGCCGAGCUUUAGGGAAUACUGCGUCUUGUGCUUCGACGAGUCGGGCGAUGCCGAUGAUAGCCCCAAGAACGUCGACGGGAAAAGUGAUACGACCAAGGUGGAGAACGGAAAGGAAAAGGCAAACUUGCCAACUUCAGAUUCCGUCGUCGAGGUAAACCUGCUACACCUUUUCUAG